GGCCAAAGGGACACGAGAUAUUUCAUUAGAAGUCAUUACUGAAGUGUGAAGAAGAAAGAACAAGACAGAGCAAAGGGACCAACUGAAGGCUUCAUUCAUGCCUUGUUCUUCUUCUUGUCUUCCUUCCACGGAAAGCGCUACUACCUCCGAUGUUUUCGUCACGGGCAAAUUCCCGACCCUUCUUAAGAGUGUCGACUCCGUCGGAAGCAGUGAUGCCGGGAAGCCACCGAAGCCGCUUCUGAUCGCCUCCCCGACAGAGGAAGGAGAGUUCCCUGUUCUUGUACUCCUCCACGGCUAUCUCCUCACCAACUCCUUCUACUCUCAGCUUCUUCAGCACAUCGGGUCCCAUGGCUUCAUCGUCAUCGCUCCUCAGCUAUAUACUGUCGCUGGACCAGACACAACCGAAGAGAUCCGGUCCGCAGCUGCAAUCACAGACUGGCUGCCCACAGGCCUCUCUGCCACUCUUCCACCGGGAGUCCGCCCUAAACUGGCCAAGUUAGCUCUCUCUGGCCACAGCAGGGGAGGCAAGGCAGCCUUCGCCCUGGCCUUGAAAAAGGUUUCCACCACCACCGCACUCCCUUUCUCAGCCCUUAUUGGCAUUGAUCCUGUCGAUGGAAUGGAUAAAGGGAAGCAAACCCCGCCGCCUGUUCUAACAUACGAGCCUCGUUCCUUCGACCUCGACAUGCCGGUUAUGGUGAUUGGGUCGGGCCUCGGCGAGGUGAAGAGGAACCCACUGUUCCCGCCAUGUGCUCCGAAGGGUGUGAACCACGAGGACUUCUUCCGGGAAUGCAGGCCGCCUGCCUGCUACUUCGUGGCAAAGGAAUAUGGUCACUUGGACAUGUUGGACAACGAGACCGAGGGGAUUAGAGGGAAGGCCACAUACUGCCUCUGCAAAAACGGGCGGGCCAGAGAGCCCAUGAGGAGGUUUGUCGGGGGGAUCGUGGUGGCCUUCUUGCGGGCGUUCAUGGAAGGGAAUGACAGGGACUUGAUGGCCGUGAGGGAUAGGCAUGCCGAGAUCGCUCCGGUGGAGCUCCAAAGGAUCGAAUUUCUUCAGAGAAAAAACGCAUGACCGCUGUCCAUUUCUAAUAUAAUCUGCUUGUCGAUGCUUAAGAAACCUUAUUAUAUGCGCACUGGAUUGGCUAAUCCUAAUCCUAUGUAGCAGGAGGAGUACCAUAGAAAAUAGCUUCAGUUUUACUAUUUAUUUGGAAACAAGCUCCAUUUCCUAUUCA